AACAUUUUAUUCAUAAUAAAUAUUUCGUCAUCGUUCUUAAAUGAACCAAAAGAAAGCUUCAUUUUUCAGUUCAUUUGUCUCUCACUUUUUGCUGAAUUCACAAGUGUUCAAUCUCUCUCUUCGUUUUUGAAUUCUGUCUCAUGGAGGAUCGCAAGGAGAAAGUUGCUCCCUGGAUGAGUGUACCACAAUUUGGGGAUUGGGAGCAGAAGGGAGGGGUGCCUGAUUAUUCGGUUGAUUUCUCAAAAAUAAGGGAAAAUAGGAAACAACACAAAAGGGAUUUGUCAAGAGCAAGCAUUGGGAAUGAAGAGGAGCUAAUGGCAUCGUCAGCCACUCCCACCACUAACACACCUCAUUCUCAUGUUGAUGAAAAUCAUCAAUUGAAUCCCACCAACAGCAACUCUCCAACGACAAGGAAGAGCAUAUUGAGAUACUUCAACUGUUGUGUGAAAGCAUGAUCGCAAACUCAAAUUCACCAAUCUUGAUUUAUGAAUGUGAUGGUUUCUUCUAUCAAGGUUUUUCUCACAUUUUGUUUGUAACUUCUUAUAUGAACAUAAGAAAACUCUUUUGAUUGAAGUUAGAUAAAUGUGUAAUCUUUUUUUUAUAUCA